GCUUCUGGAUUGGAGAGAAUGUAAUGUAGUAAAAGGCAUCAGCUGGCGCGUAGUAACGGCCCAUACCCUCGAGGUGUAUGGCCAUAAUAGCACACACACACACACGCGCACGCGCGCCGAUGGCGAUAAUCCAACGGCUUGAUAAAGAGUGCUAUAUGCAGCUCGUGUAUUGUGUAGGGUUCUUGCCAUGCAUGACCACUACCACUGCUAUCGCUCUAUUAGUACAUAUAAAUAAUCUAAAAGCACCCUUUUUGACCCUAGAGAUUGCAGUGCACAUGCAAGGAGCUGCUGGUUUUUUUUAGCUGUACAACUGCUAUAUCACCAAAGCAUGCAAGGACUUUCUAUCUUCGUAUGCGCUUGUAACGGCGGCGUUUCGCCAGUACGCUCCGUUGGACCCACUUGUAGAAGCGCAGGCUUUAGUUUCCAAGGCCGCCAUGCUCUAUAUUAUCAUAUGUCUUUCCUAUCACAUCGUGUUUCUUUCCCAUGAGCGGAAAGUACAGCUCACUGCAGCUUGGUCUAAGAAUCGGCGCUGGUGGACUCGAGAAGUAUGAGGAUGCGGCGGGCUUGAUCGGGCCAGUGGAGGGAGCAACGGCAGAUGUCGGAGCUCGAAGGUAUGGCAUUGGCGUGCCUCCGUUACAAAUCGGUUAUCGCUCUGCGGUUGGACUGUAUCUCUACUAGUAGUUGUUGGUACAAGGUGAGGUAAGAGCUUGUACAGGCUCCUGGGUAUGCGCAGGAUUCGUGCUAGGGACAUUGAAACUCGUUGUCAGACCCACUGCGAGAGCCAAAAGACAGUUCGUAGGGAUCAGGACUGGCUCCCGGGCUGUUUGGUUGUUGCGCGAUUGCAUCCGUAGGCUCGGCGCGAUAGCCACAGCCAGGAUCGCUCGAGUUGUCCGAGCGUUACUAUAGUCGCUCUUGGCGUCUCCACCGAUCCCAGCGUCAUGUUCACCGUCCGCACCACAGUUACUCCUAUCAUGAACUUCAUGCCAUGAGCACCGAUAACAUUCCACAUAAAACUACAUCCGCGAGUAAGCUCCUCUUACGUGCUGUAAGAACGCCCCCAGAGAGCCCGACACUUUCUGCACCCGAAGUCGCCGGCACGUCGUUGCCGAUCUCCCCGCCAGCUACGGUCCUCAUCGACUCUUCACCUCGACCCCUGCCGCACCUCAUUCGUCGCUUAUACCAUCGCAUACAACAGCGCUACCAAGGGGAGUUGUUGAAAGAUACUUGGGAGUGUGUUCGCAUAUCACCACGAGGGUAUCAGGUGCUGCAGAAUGAGUUGGAGAAAGACACCCGCUUCGGAGCCUGGGUCGCAGACAAGCUCCGAUACGACUACGAUUCGGCCGAGGGCGAACUCGUCCUCCGUAUGCCUUCGCCGUUACAUGACAUCUUUGCCAUCAGGCUGCAAGAGGUGAUUGCCCGGGAACUGAAGAAUUCCACGACGCAGGAAGAUAUACGCCCGGUAAUAGAGCGUAUUAGGAUCGCGACUACAUCGGACAUUCGAUUUAGUGAUACUUCGAUAGAGGGGAAAAAGUCUCCGGACGGAUCGUUCCGCUUCACGGGCACCAAGUAUCCACCUCUGGUAAUCGAAGUUGCCAACUCACAGAAACGUCGCGACCUGCCGCGCCUCGCUGAAUCAUAUAUCGAGCGCACCAAGGGUCGCACCAAGACUGUGAUUGCCAUAGAUUUGGAAUAUCGCGAUCCUAGUAAGCGUGCUGCUCACUCGUUGCCACCUCGCUCAGCGGUCUAUUCCAUAUAUCGCUAUAGGCUGGUCCGCGAUGAACAAACGGGGGAUUGGCAAAGGGAGGCACACGCAGAGAUCGAGGAGCAGCAAUUUUCUACAGAAGAUACAGUUACAGCUGAUGGGUCCAUGUGCCUCUUACUUUCAGACUUUUGCCCGGACGGCACCGUAAGCGAAACCAACGAUCGGACGAUCACUAUUUCUCACGCAGAACUGGCGCGCCUUUUGACAGAGGCAGAAGAGGAAGAAAAUACUGCGGAAGCACCCUCCAGCCCUAUCCUUUCGGAGAAGAACAUUCCGUUCGUGUCUAAAAGGAAGCGUACACCGACCCCGAAAUUGGUGUCGGAAGAUGAGGAGGCAUUUGAACAAGCAGAAACUGCGGCAAAGAUUCGGGAGUCAGCUGAAAACAGCUCUUUUUCCUCAAGCGAUGCGGCGGAUACCAUAAUAGAGCGCAUUAAACGGAUCAAAACAAGGUCACAACCUGACUCUGAACCAAACCCGUGA